AUGAACCCUGAUUUAAUUCACGUAUAUCAGGAACAAGUGACAGAUUUGAAACAGUUUUUGCAGGCAAAACAACAAGAGAAGCAGAAGAAAAAGGAUAAACAGAAGGAACAGCAGAAGGGAAAAGACCUGCUCAAAAGAAAUUGA